UAUGAUGACUAACACAAUGAAAGUGUAAAUAAAUUUAUGACAAAAUUAAUAACAAAAUUAAAAUUUAAUUAAAACUGUUAAUCAUUUUUGUGACAAAUUUUUUAAUAAAACAAUUAUUUGGUUGCAAUCGAGUCAGUCAUACGUCCGUUGAAAACAAGUAUUACCGAUGUAUUUGUGACCAAACAAUAUGAUGGACGACGACUUUGACAUCUAUGCCGAUCUCGACGAUAACGACAAGAAAGGUCGGGAUCUAACUGUCACCUCAAAGACAUGCUUGAAGAGUGACACCACUCGGCCUAUGGCUAUGGCGGCCAUCAAAUGUGAUGAUCACUCGCAAAAUGAUAUGAUCUUAAGCGAGUUAACCAUUUUGGAGAAGACGCUCAACACUACUGAAGAGACCAACAAAAGUCUUGUCCAACAAAACGAAGAGCUGCGCAAAGAGUUGGCCGACAAAGACAAACAGUUAAUCAUUUUGAAGACAAACAUAUCGUCACUCUAUAAGACGGCUAAAGCGGAAAUCGAUCGCAAAAAGUUUGAUAUCGAUAGCUUAAGAAGUGAAUUGGAUUCAUUGAUCUUCAACCGAUUGAAGAGCAAUGGUGUCAACUCAAGUCAUGACAUUAAUAAGUAUAUCAAUGAUCGACAAAAGAAGUUCUACAGCGACAAGAGUACCAACACUUGUAGAGAUCUGACAUCACAUGAUUUCAGUCAUCAUCACCGUUCAGAUCACCAUCGAAGUCAUAAUUCAAGUGAUAGACCAAAUGAUAGGUUGUCGGCAAAAGAGUCAAACAGUAAUCCAAAGCGAAGCAAAAGUCGUAGUCAUUCCCGUCGGCGAAGCCUUGAGCGACGUAAUAGAAGUCCUUCGCCACGACAUAGAAAUCGGGACCGAAGUCAUGAUAGAGGAGGACAUGACCGUAAAAGACACCGAACUGCUGAUGAACGCAACAACAACAACGAGAGAGACAAAGAUAGAAAUAAAAACACAAAUAAAGAUAAAAUUAAAGACACUAAAAGUAGUUGUAAUAAAACGCUUAAUAAUAAUAAUAAUGAGCGCAGCAGUAGUAGUAGUAGAAGAAGUGGUAGCAAAGCGACAACUAAUGAUAAUAAUAGAGAGAUGACUGAUAAGUGUCGGAGAGAUAAAGAUAUAGUUAUUAGGGAUAAGGAUAAAGAUAGAGACAAACUAAGAGUUGAUAGACAUAAGGAUAGGAGAGAUAAGAUUAAUAAGAAAGAGAAACAAACAAAAUGUGAGAAAAUAGAGAAAUAAUUAAAUAUUUUUAGUGACAAUUUUGAGAGUAAUAAUUUGUUGCUAACACUUG